UGGGAAUCAUUGGUUGUUAAUUGAUUACAGUAUUUCUCAUUACCCUGCUGACUCAGAAAAUGACUAGCCUUCCCGAUCAAUUUCAGCUACUACUAUAUCGCCAGCAACAGCGUGUUUUGGACUAUUUACGAACGCGACUGCUAGAUCUCCCAUGUUUCGGAGACGUGGAAGAAACUGAUGAAUUCAUUUCUCACUUACAAACUGAACUCGAGAAUGACUGCAGGACAUAUGAAGAUAAAAACAAAAGCCUCUAUGAAUCCCUUAUGAUCAGUAAUGCAAAUGAGGCAGUCGCUCAUAAUCCGUCCAGCGAUCCAGAAGUGCCCAAUUCAGAAGCAUGCCCUGUUGUGGGUUCAAAUCCCACUGUGCCUGAAACAUGUGAGGUAUCCAGCUUACAAGAAGAACCUCUCGUGCCAGAAAAUGUUUCCCGUGGAUCACAUAAUGGUCAGAAAUCAAAUACAAUUUUCGAAGGUGCUGUCUAUUUUAGUGACCUAUUAUCCAGUGAUGGAAUUUUGGAGAGGUCUGAAGAAUAUGUUGCACCAAAAUCAAACCUUAAUGACCUCAUGUCUGGUGUCGCUAAUCCUCAUCAUCUAGUCAGUUUUAGUGAACCCUCUACUCAAUGCGCGAAAUAUGCUUUAAAUAGAGUCAGACUAACUGUUACUUGGGUAUAUGAGGACCCAACGUUAUUUCGCGGGGGAGGACGGACGCAGAAAAUUUUAAAACGCAGAUAUGAACUCCGCAUCUUUCGAAAAAGGGGAGGUGUUGGGAUAGUCGGAAAAAGAGACCAAUAAUUACCAUGUUAAGUUCAAUGGUGUCCUUGAACCUUAAAUGUACAUUCUUAUUGGUCGAUGUUUAUUUCACUUGUUAAAUAUUGUACAAAUGUUGUUUCCUAUUUUAUGGUACGAUGUGGUUUGUUUGCUUGGUAUAUAAAUAGAGUAUGUUUGAAAUAUAAUGAUUCAUAACCCAG